GACCCCUGUUAUAAUUAUCAAAACCUGAGUGAUGCCAAUAGAAAAAGCAGUUACGUUACGCCGAUAGACGAACCAUCUUUGUGUGACAAGUUACUCCCCACGGGAUGGUAUCGUUUUGUGGGAGAUGCAGGAACAAAAAUGCCAACAACGCGUGUGCCAGCAUUCAGAUGUGGUACAGACUGGUCAGGCUGGUUGCAUGGUGCUCAUCCUACAGUGGAAGAUGGUAUAGUUCACAGGAAGGUCUGCUUCAGUGAUCGUUCUUCUGGUUGCAGAUAUUAUACAGAUAUUUUUGUAAAAAACUGUGAAUCCUACUUCAUCUACACACUUUACAUACCUUUCUGUCCCUCGCGCUUCUGUGGUGCAGACUGA